CUGGCUCGGGCGGCGGCCCUCCUCCGGGAGCCGAAGCGACGAUGGAGCAGCAGCAGCAGCCGAACCACGAGCCGCACCGCCACCCGGCGCAGGAGCGCUCACGCUCGCACACCGUCACCACCACCGCCAGCAGCUCCUUCACGGCCAACUGGUCGUCCGCUUCCAGCACGCUCGCCUACGACCGCGAGUUCCUGAGGACGCUGCCCGGGAUCCUCAUGGUGGCCGAGAUUGUUUUGGGGUUGUUGGUAUGGACGCUGAUUGCUGGAACAGAAUAUUUCCUGUAUCCUGUCUUCGGCUGGGUAAUGUUUGUGGCUGUGUUUUACUGGGUCCUUACGCUGUUCUUCCUAAUCAUCUACAUGACGAUGACUUACACUCGGAUUCCCCAAGUGCCAUGGACCACUGUAGGCCUGUGUUUUAACGGGAGUGCCUUUCUUUUGUACUUCAUCGCUGCCAUUGUAGACGCAUGUGCCGUCACCAAGGAAUUGGACAGCCACAACUACAACAGCUGGGCAGCUUCUUCAUUCUUUGCAUUCGUUGUAACUUCCUGCUACGGUGGAAAUGCCUACUUUAGUUUUGUAUCUUGGAGAUCGCGGAACUUGCAAUAAAUGUCCUCUUUAAGUUAAGAAAAAA